GUGGGAUGGAUGCGUUGCGCUGCGCGCUCCGAGGAGCUGCUGUGGAUGGAAAAGACGCACGGAGCCACCUCGGACUUACCGCCUUACUAAAGCAUGAAAAGUAAACUCCGAGCGGGGAAAUCGAUCAUGUGAUAAAUACUGAGCCAGAGCAAACAGCCACUUCUGGAUCUCAUCGAAGACUUAUCUCAGCGUUUUCCGGACCACAGAAGUGAUUUUUUUUUUCCCUCUGAAGUGACGGUGACGUCCCGCCAUGCCACUGAUUGCAUUUCCCACGUCCCAGCUGCUGUGGGUGCGGCUCGCCGCCCUGGUGUUCACCUGUGUGGCGUUCAGCGUGGCGGCGCACGGAGCCGAGCUGUCCCACAGGGGCAUGGCCGACUGGUGCAUCUUCUGCUGGGCGUUCAGCUUCGCCUGCACGCUGCUAGUCCUGCUGGUGGAGCAGUUUGGCCUCCAGACCCGAGCUCCGGUGUCCUGGUCCAACUUCCCCAUCACGGUCGCCUGCUACGCCGCGCUCCUCUGCCUCUCAGCCUCCAUCAUCUUCCCGCUCUUCUUCCUCAAGGACCAGUACCUCCGGAAUGAGGUCCGGGACCACCGCAUCGCCUCCACGGUCUUCUCCUGCCUGGCGGCGGUGGCCUACAUGGGGGAGGUGAGUCUGUCCAAAGCCAGGCCCGGGGAGGUGGCGGGCUACAUGGCCACGGCUCCAGGCCUGCUGAAGGUCUUCCAGACCUUCGUAGCCUGUGUCAUCUUCAUCCUGAUCAGCGACCCGGUCGCCUACGACCACCACGCGGCCCUCAAGUGGUGCAUGGCCGUCUACUGCAUCUGCUUCAUCCUGUCCAUGGGCGUGGUGGUGCUGUGCGUGGGAGAGCUCACCGGCUGCCUCCCCAUCCCCUUCUCCAAGUUCCUGUCGGCGUACGGGCUGCUGGCCGUCGUCAUGUAUCUGACGGCCACCAUCAUCUGGCCCGUGUUCCAGUUCGACAAGAGCUACGGGAGCAGAGGCCGCAAUUCCCCCAGGGUGAUCGCCGCAGCCGUGCUCACCGCCUUCAACUUCCUGCUUUACCUCGCCGACCUGGCGUACACGGCCAGAUUAGUGUUUGUCACCGUCUGAGAGCAGAGGAAAUAAAACAGGGAUAACAAUACUUUGCCUCAGAUGGCGAGUGGUUUAGCUGAUAUUUAAAAUAAGACGUGAGUGUAUUAAAGGACUCGAUGCAUUCUGUUUUAUAGUCCUCGAAAUUAAAAGCUCCUCCAGUGUUUGUGUGUUUUCUGUGGGAUUUAGUGACUUCAGGACAGUAUGAACCCAUAUUGUGAAGGUGUUUUUUAUGUGUUUGAUGUGAAAAUGACUGAGACUCUCGAAAAAACAAGUUAAAAUAAGUUAAGACACUGGAACAUAGGAGAAAAGCAACAGUGUUUUAAUGACUUUUACUUCAUCACAACCUGACAAAAUGAGUUGCUUAUGGUCCAUGUUAUAAUGUAUUGAUACAGUAUUGUCAUAAAUGUCAGAUUUGGAAAACUGAAGCAAUGUAACUUGGUUGAAUAAAGUAUUUUGCCAAA